AUGGUCCGGAAUUACAUACGUAAGAAAGCUCCUCCAGCCUAUAGCAAAAACGAUUUGAAAGAGGCAGUACAAGCUGUGCAAAGAGGUACUCUAACAUUAUAUAGAGCUGCAUUAUUGUACAAAAUACCCAAAGCUACUUUAUUUACUCAUGUAAAGGGUAAACGGGGUAUAAAAAGUAAUACGUUGGGUAAGGCACCAGCUCUGCCUUAUAAUGUAGAACAAAAAUUUUCCAACAGUAUUAAAAUACUCGAAAAAUGGGGUAUGGGACUAUCAAAGAGAGAAGUUCUUCAACUAAUUGGGCGGUAUGUGAAAGAAAAUAAUAUAGUAACCCCUUUCAAGAAUGGAGUUCCUGGCAAUGAUUAUUUCGUCAGAUUCACGAAAGCAUUUCAUUUAAGCCAGAAAAAACCGCAAUCUGUGGAAGUGGCUCGAAAGAGGUCUAUGGAUCCAUUUGUUAUGUAUGAUUACUUCAAUAUCCUCAAACAGCAUAUUGAAAAUAUCCCAGCAUCGCAAAUUUAUAAUAUUGAUGAAACCGGUUUCUGCCUGGAUCCAUCCCAGAUAAAAGUUGUUGGAGAGAAGGGUAGAGCAGCCCAUAGGACAACAAGUGGUCCAGGACGAGAGAAUAUAACAGUUCUCCUUGGGGGAAACGCUGCAGGUGAAAAACUUCCUCCACUCGUAGUGUUCAAGGGUAAACACAUAUGGAAUAGUUGGAUUCCAACUGCCAACUGA